AUGAGUAUACAACUAGUAGACAGAACUGUUAAGUACCCGAAAGGGAUUAUAGAGGAUGUGCUAGUUAAAGUUAACAAAUUUAUAUUUCCUCUGGAUUUUGUUGUCAUGGAUAUGAAUGGUGAGAGUGAUGUCCCAUUGAUCCUAGGUAGACCAUUUUUAGCUACAUCUAAAGCUUUGAUAGAUGUUAGUAGCGGAAAGCUGGAACUUAGGGUAGAUGAUGAGAGCAUUACAUUUGAUUUGACUAAAUCCUUGAGAUACCCAUAUGAGCAUGAUGGUACUGUCUGUUCGAUUGAUUUUAUCAAUGAUAUUGUGGAAUCUCAAUUGCAAGAAAUAAUGAUUAAUGAUCCUUUGCAUGUGGUGAUGCAAGAAUAUGAGGAUAAUUUAUCCAAUGAACAAGUGUUGAAGUCAGGAGUAAAGAAGCUGAAGCCUUCUUUGGAGGAGCCGCCCGUUCUUGAGUUGAAAGAGUUGCCAGCGCACUUAAUGUAUGCCUAUCUAGAUGAAGUAAAGCAAUUACCGGUUAUUAUUUCCGCUCAUCUCACACCUGAGGAGAGGGAGAUGGUGCUGUGUAUUUUGAGAAGGUAUGCAAAGAUUUUGAUGGAGGAUGAGUUCAAACCGGUGGUGCAGCCACAAAGGCAGUUGAACCCUCAAAUGAAAGAGGUGGUUAAAAAGGAGAUAAUUAAACUUCUUGAUGCAGGUUUAAUUUACCCUAUUUCGAUAAGGUCUUGGAUUCCCAUAGCACUAGAAGACCAAGAGAAGACGACAUUCACUUGUCCUUAUGGCACUUUUGCCUAUAGGAGGAUGCUGCCGGCUUUGUGUAAUGUGCCUGCGACCUUUCAGCGGUGUAUGAUGGCCAUUUUUCAUGACAUGAUAGACGAGUCGAUGGAGGUCUUCAUGGAUGACUUCUCUAUAUUCGGGUUGGAAGUAGAUAGAGCUAAAGUAAAAGUUAUAAGUAAACUACCUCCCCCUACUUCGGUUAGGGCUGUUAGAAGUUUCUUAGGGCAUGCAAGAGCUUUUGAGUUAUUAAAGGAAAAACUAACCACGGCUCCCAUCAUGGUUUCUCCUGAUUGGGAGCUGCCCUUUGAGCUUAUGUGUGAUGCUAGUGAUUUUACAGUUGGAGCUGUUUUAGGCCAGCGCAAGGAGAAGAAAUUCCAACCUAUUUACUACGCUAGCAAGACGCUUACGGAUGCCCAAGAACACUAUACAACCACAGAGAAGGAGCUUCUAGCUGUCGUGUUCGCUUUUGACAAAUUUUGUUCCUACCUUAUACUGUCAAAUAUAAUUGUUUACACGGAUCAUUCUGCUUUAAGGUAUUUAUUUUCAAAGCAUGAUUCUAAGCCAAGAUUGAUUCGUUGGGUUCUUCUGUUACAGGAAUUUGACUUGGAAAUUAAGGACAAACAAGGAGUACGAAAAUCUGCGCAGGACCAUCUUUCUCGAUUAGAGAACCCGCACUUAGAGAAGCUUAAUGAGAAAGAGAUCGAUGACUUCUUUCCGGAUGAGCACCUAUGCUCAAUGCAGGUGGCAAACACUAUUCCUUGGUUUUCUGAUUAUGCAAAUUAUUUACGCAAGGAUCAAAUUAUUAGGAGAUGUGUAUAUGGGGAGGAGAUCAUUCAAAUUCUCAAGCAUUGUCAUGAGGGGCCGGUUGGUGGACACCAAGCCGCAAACCAUACGGCCAGGAAGGUUAUGGAUGCUGGUAGACAAAGGCAGUGGCAAAUAAAUGAGCUAGAGGAGUGGCGUCAACAAGCUUAUGAAAAUUCAACAAUCUACAAGGUGAAGACCAAACAAUGGCAUGACAAGCGAUUGAAAAAUUUGAAGGAAUUUAACGUAGGAGAUAGUGUGUUAUUAUUUAACUCUCGUCUCCGUUUAUUUCCAAGGAAGCUGAAGAGUCAUUGGUCGGGGCCAUUUACAGUGACGCAAGUCUUCCAUUAUGGUGCGGUUGAAGUGCAUCAUCCGAAAAAGGGAAAUUUCAAGGUUAAUGGGCAGAGGUUGAAGCAUUACCUUGGAGGGUCAUGGAUGUGGAGGAGCGUGGUAUCUCCAUUUCCGAUUCAAAGAAAAGAAUAA